AUCCACCAGAUGUCGAUGGCUCAAGAAGGAGUUCCUGUAGGCCACAGACCUUGUGCUGACCUUCAUGACCCCAACCCCCAUGACAUAAAAGAGGAACAAGAAGAGGUCUAUGUCAGUCUGGGGGGACAGCGGCUCAAUGGGAAGGAAGUGAUUGAUGCCAUCCCGUUUUCAGUAACUGCUUCUCCUGUAAAGACUGUGGACGAUAACCAAUCCCCUCUGUCCUCACAACUUUAUCCAGACCAAAUAAAAGAUGGGAUACAAAGUCAUGGAGAUAUGGCUGCUUCUUUUAAGAUGGAAGAUACUGAGGAGGAGGAAGGGAACACUAAUAUCAAGCACUCUGUCUCUGAGCUGCAACACUUAUCAGAUGCUGGACUUAAAACGAACCAUAUGGAUGGAGCUCCUCAGUCAGAUGGAAGUAUUAACAAGCCUUUUAGCUCCUCUGAGUUUGCUGAGCAUUUUCUUCACUAUUGCUUGCUUCAAAAAGACACGAUUGAUUCGAAAAUGGGGUCUUCAAGCUUGCAAGAUAAUACAAAUUUUACAGAGAAGAAGAAAGUGGACUCUGGAAAGAAAUUGCAGGAAGGUUUGAAAUUUAGUUGUGAUGACUGUGGUAAAAUAUUUGAUAGAAAACAAAACUUAGAGAUUCAUAGGCAAAUUCACACAGGACAUAAACCUUACGGUUGUGAUAUGUGUGUAAAAAGAUUUGGCCAUAAAGCCAAUUUGAAGGCCCACAUUAAAGUCCACAGAGAACAGAAACCUUUCUUUUGUGAUGUGUGUGGACGAAGAUGUAACCGAAAAGCAACUUUAAACAGGCACAUGAGAGUCCACACUGGAGAGAAACCUUAUUGUUGUGAUCUAUGUGGACAAAGAUUUAGCACCAAAGGAAAUUUAAACACACAUGUGAGAAUCCACACUGGACAGAAACCUUUCUGUUGUGAUCUGUGUGGACAAAGAUUUACUCAAAAAGCAACUUUAAACACGCAUGUAAGGAUUCACACAGGAGAGAAACCUUUCUGUUGUGAUAUGUGUGGACAAAGAUUUAGCGAUAAAGGAAAUUUAAGCAAACACGUGAGAACCCACACAAGGCAGAAACCCACAGGACAGAAGCCUUUCUGUUGUGAUCUCUGUGGGCAAAGAUUUGGUUAUAAAGGAAAUUUAAAAAUACACAUGAAAAGCCACUUAGGACAGAAACCUUUCUGUUGUGAUUUAUGCGGUCAAAGAUUUACCCGAAAAACAACUUUAAACACGCACAUGAGAAGUCACACAGAACAGAAACCUUUCUGUUGUGACAUCUGUGGACAAAGGUUUAAUGAAAAAUCAACUCUAAACAGGCACAUGAGAAUCCACACUGGAGAGAAACCUUUUUGUUGUGAUUACUGUGGACAAAGAUUCAAUGACAAGGGAAAUCUGAAGACACAUGUAAGAAUUCACACUGGGCAGAAACCUUUCCGUUGUGAUCUCUGUGGUCAAAGAUUUACCCAAAAGGCAACCCUAAACAAACAUAUGAGUAUACACACAGGAGAGAAACCUUUCUGUUGUGAUCUCUGUGGACAGAAAUUUAGUGAUAGAGGCAAAUUAAACAGACAUGCACGAGUCCACACGGGACAGAAACCUUUUGUGUUGUAAUUUCUAUCGGCAAAUAGUCAGCCAAAAGGGACAUCAAAAGAUUCAUUAUGGGUUCCAAUUCUUGCUUUAAAUGAUUAAAGCAAGAAUCUGCUAACCUGACAACAGCCAGAUGCAUGUCUAGCUCCGCCUAGCUCCACUCACAUACAUAUGGGACACCGCCAUAGGAAUUGCCUUUACUGAAGG